CGAGGGGCUGUCCUUUCCUUACACUCCGUCUACAUAACAGGCCUCUCUCGCUCGCUCUCUCACUCACCAACGACUCCUCUUUCUUCCACACUUCCAUCGUUCUUAUCUCCCCAGUGUGGCAGGGCUACUACAUGUCAUGAUAAACCGCUUCAACAUAUACGACAAACUCGGCGCACCACAGCCAUUCGACCCAAAUGCUUCCUUCACGACCUCUCCUUUCCUCUCUCCUUUCGCUCUCGCCGCAGUUCGCUUGACGUUUGCCUUUUACACACUCUUCACGCUGAUCUUCGUUCUCGUGUGGGAUGCCGUGAGACUGCACACGGCACAUGCGUUUUUCUCGUACUUUACAGAGCUGUCUUAUAUUGGACUGUGCUCGUAUUUCUUUGCCUCUGGCGUUCAGACGCUCGUAUACGCUUUGAGUCAGGGGAGAUCAUACCCAUUAGAGAGAUGGCCUAAGAUAUUACAAUUUUUACACGUGCUGCUCUUUACGACAAUUUCUACAUUCCCUAUCCUUGUAACAAUUGUUUUCUGGGGUGCCCUUUUUCCGGGUAAUCCAUUCACCGAUAAAUUUGAUGCAUGGUCAAACGUGUCAUUACACGCACUCAACACUGUUUUCUCCCUCUUCGAGAUAUUAUUCACGCACGCCGGCCCGACUCCGUGGUUACAUAUCCCGUUUGUUGUUAUUUUCCUUGGGUGUUAUCUUGCAGUUGCAUAUAUUACACACGCAACCCAGGGAUUCUACACAUAUUCAUUCUUAAACCCGGCGAAAGAAGGCAAGACGCUUGCGGGGUGGAUAGUAGGCAUCGCAGCAGCGGGGGUGAUCAUCUUCUGCAUCACGCGUUCUAUAUGUGUACUACGAGAACGUCUCGUUCGCCGAUCCAGCGUCUCACGAUUCAGCGAUGCAGGCGAUACAGAACUUCCGAAUGAAAGACUGGACGAAUGGGAGACUGUCGAACUUGAUAGGUCUACUCGGAUGGGAGCGCGUGUGGAGAAAGGAGGAGUAAGAGGGAAGAAGAGUGUGGAGUCACAUUUGCAUUCUGGUGAGGGAGGAGAUACUUCGUUCGAAACGGAUGAGAAGGCCGGGAUGCGUAUGAAUCUAGGAAGGAGGAGAAACGAACUCGUUUGAGAUGGUGUCUCGAUUUCGGACCGCACUUCGGGGUUUUAAAUAUGGAAAUGUGUAUAACUCUGAGACAGUAAUGGACGUACAGAUAGAUGGAUACCUUGUUCAUCUUGUUCAUCUUGUUCCGUUCUUAUUGCUCCUCUUCUCUUCUCUGGAAGAUCUACUUAUUCGCCAUUUUCGUCGAUUCGAUUCGAUCCGCCGGCCUUGUUCAUCAUCACCAUAUUCAUCGAAUCAUUCGGGCGCAUGAUCCACGGAUUUAUUAUGAUUCACUGUCUGCCAUCAGGAAGUUUUUAUCGGGUUGUAGUUGUAAAUUUAGAUUUCGUUUUGUUCGUUCAUUAACUUGGACAGCCCGGUGCUGAUUCAAAUCACCAUCUUUGUUCCUUCAUUGCAUUCCGUUCAUUUCCCCAUGCAAUCACUCACUUUUCCCUUCAUUAUCCUCUUCUGCUCAUUAGCAAGUACAUAUGUUCAUUUACGUUCUCGCUGUGUCUGUGUUUCGGUUUCGAUUGAUUGCUUUGAUUUGUUGAUUGUUAGCUAUUGAUUGAUAUUGCAAUAUAUUAUUAUCUUCUACUUUGUUUCAUUGACCUUCUUUACCUCCUUUCUCUCGACUUUAUUCUCUCCUUCAAUGUUUGUCUCUCCUUGAUAGAAUGCUCGGAAUUCAUGCGCAUCGUAAUGAUACAGAGGUUUCUCUGUCCUUAUCACAAUGUGGAGGGACGUUUCUAUCUUUUUAUCCUUUAUUUGCAUUUGCCCUCCCUUUGUUCUUUUUCUUUUGGAAGGAAGAAGGAAUGCAUUGUCUCAUUAAAUACAAAC